AUGGCUGAGAACUAUGGAGAUGGCAUUAUCAGGACGGCCAGUGGCCGCCAGACUUAUGCCCCCGAUGGACUCUUGACCUCAGAUCAGCAUAUACCUCUUUACGCAGAACAGCAGACACAGCAUCAAAACAGGGCCGCUAGCAUUUCUGGAACCACCACUGCACACUCAGCCAGAUCGAGCAUCUCAGGCCCUAGCGAGACGAAGGAAGACGGAAAUCAGAACCGCAAGCCCAAGACCAAGACUGGCCUUCCAGCAGGUCUCACAGCAGGAUUGAACGAAGAAAAUUUCAGCUCUGAAGCCGAUGUCGAGAUGCAAAGAGAACGUACCAACCGCAGUCUCAAUGAGAAGCAUGAUGAGAAGGACGAUGGAGAAGAAGAGGAAAAGGAUCCCAAUCUGGUUGACUGGGACGGUCCCGACGAUCCAGGCAACCCGAUGAACUUUCCUGCCUGGAAGAAAUGGACGAUCACAGUCGUCGCUGGCCUGAUGACAUUUUCCGUGACUUUUGCUUCAUCUGUUUUCAGUACUGCCACUACUGUCACAUCGCAGAUCUUUGGCGUCAGCAGCGAGGUCAUGAUUUUGGGAACGAGUUUGUUUGUUCUUGGUUUUGCAUUCGGUGGGUUGUGA